AUGGACAAGAAGGUGGUGUUGAUCACCGGCUGCUCGUCUGGCAUCGGCCUCAGCCUGGCGGUCCGCUUGGCCUCCCACCCGGAUCAGAUGUUCAAAGUGUACGCCACCAUGAGGAACCUGGCCAAGAAAGAGCGUCUUCUGGAGUGUGUCAAAGGUCUGCACAAGGACACCCUUGAGGUUCUUCAGAUGGACGUCACCGACUUCCAGUCCAUCCUGGAUGCCCGGGACAAGGUGACGGAGAAACGAGUGGACAUUCUGGUGUGCAACGCCGGUGUUGGUUUGAUGGGUCCGCUGGAGGUCCAGUCGUUGUACUCCAUGAAGCACAUUCUGGAGGUCAACCUUCUCGGAACGAUCCAGACCAUCAAGGCCUUCCUACCCGGCAUGAAGGCCCAAAGUGGGGGCCGUAUCCUGGUCACGGGAAGCACCGGAGGUCUUCACGGUCUUCCUUUUAAUGAGGUGUACUGUGCCAGCAAGUUCGCCGUCGAGGGAGCGUGUGAGAGCUUGGCCAUGCUCCUGCAACACUUCAAAAUCCAUGUUAGUCUUAUAGUGUGUGGCCCCGUCAACACCGACUUCCUGCUCAACCUGAAGAAGGCGGAGCUUGGGGAUGAGUGCCUGGAACAUGUCGACGCCCACACACUCAACCUAUAUGAGAAAUACCUGCAGCAUUGUAGCCACGUCUUCCAAAACGCAGCACAGGACACUGAGGACAUCGUAAAGGUGUUUUUGGAAGCCAUGCAGUCACCCAACCCCGCCUUCAGAUACUUCGCCGGUGGGGCAGUGCCCCCUCUGAUCAAGAUGAAGGUCAUGCAGCUGGAUGGCCUUGAGUACAUCAACACCAUGAGCAAUCUCAUGUUUGUGUUUGCAGAAAAAUAACCUCUUGGCCUGUGUGUGUGUGCGUGCGCGUGUGUGUGUAUUGGCUCUAAUCCAUAGUUGGUUAAUACUUUAGUGACACUGAGUCAUUGCACAACUCAAUGAGGGCAAUGAAUUGACAUGUACGUUUUUAUGGCAAAAAGCAAUCAGUGAUAAGAAGAUAAAAAGUCAGAAAACCAUUUUUAGGCACUACUAUACUGAAGCAUUAGCCGAAACGUUUAUGCUUCAUUGAUUUAUCUCAAAUUGACAAC